AUACUAAGCAAUGAGAAGGCACGGAACAUAUUCCUACAUGGUAUCAGACAAGGUUUAGGGUUCCUGUCUUUUCGUCUCCUCCUUCUCAUCUCUUCUCUGCUUUCUGCCUCCCAUCCUCUUCUCUUCUUCUGCUGCCAUGGCCCAAGAACAGCCAAAAUCUUUCCCUUUUCACCCUGCUAUAGCCGUCAAUAACAUCAAAAGUGUCAUCCCCAUUACAUUGGAAAUGAAAAAUGUUCUCUAUUCUUCUUGGGCUAAAUUAUUUAAGGUUCACGCACAUGCAUACGACCUUAUCGAUCACAUUAUCCCACCUCCUGACAAAGAAGAACCAGCCGACCCAGCUGUUUGGAAGCGCCUUGAUGCUAUUGUGCUUCAAUGGAUAUAUGGGACUAUAUCCAACGACCUUCUUCAAACCAUCUUGGUCCCAGAUUCCACGGCUCAACAAGCGUGGGAACGCUUUCGUGAUAUCUUUCAAGAUAACAAAAGCUCUCGUGCGGUGCAAUUGGAGGGAUUGUUCUCUAGCAUCGAGAUGAAAGACUUCCCUAAUGUCUAUGCUUACUGUCAACGGGUAAAAAUUCUAGCCGACCAACUUGCUAAUGUUGGUGCUCCGGUCAACGACCAUCGUUUGGUGUUAACCCUUAUUCGCGGUCUUCCGAAAUCCUAUGACGGUGUUGCUACUAUCCUCCACCAAUCAGACCCUCUGCCUUCCUUCUAUAAGGCACGGUCCAUGCUCACCCUCGAAGAGUCUCAUCUUGCGGACCAAGCUGCCAGUGAAGCAAUUGUGGCUGGCUCCGCCCUCAUAGCUGCUAGGCUGGAACCGACUCCGCUUCAUAUCACAAUGACCCCUCCCCUGCUUCUGACUCGCAAAAUCGCUCAUCUCACCGUGGACACAAAUCUCAGGGUCGUGGAGGUCGCCACCGCGGCGGCGGCGGUCGUGGCCGCGGCCGGAACAACAACCACCGCGGGGGUGGACAGCAUAGCCACGGCGGUGGUAAUAAUAACAACAAUCAACAACAGCAACAAUGGAAAUCGUGGGCUCCUUGACAUCAAUACCCACCAUGGGCUCCAUGGGCUCAGCAAAAUUGGGCUGCUCCACCAUGUCCCUACCCAAAAGCCUCAUGGACUCGCCCUUCUGGGCCGCGCCAGCAAGGUGUACUGGGACCUAGGCCACAACCGAAAGCUUUCUCUGCCCACACACCUCCUCCUUCAACCUAUGCUCCAACCGACAUCGAAAGUGCUCUUCACACUCUUUCCCUCACUCCGCCGGACGAGGGGUGGUACAUGGACACCGGCGCCACCUCCCAUAUGACUUCAAACCAAGGACAUUCCGACGGGGACAACCAUUUUGCGAUGUGAGAGCUCCGGUGAUCUCUACCCACUCACCAAAGCCGCACCCACUGCCCUUUGCUCUUCCACAUUUCCCGCAAUCUCCCCCUCUCUUUGGCAUGAUAGCCUCGGCCACCCCGGCACUAAUAUUUUGCAAACUCUUAGAAAGAACAAUUUUGUUGAAUGUAAUAGACUUUUAAAUGCUUCUAUUUGUUCUUCAUGUCCUCUUGGUAAACAUGUGAAAUUGCCAUUUUAUCCAUCUAUGUCAACUACUUGCAUGCCUUUUGAUAUUGUGCAUAGUGAUCUUUGGACGUCCCCAAAAGUUAGUUCGGCCGGACAUAUGUACUAUGUGCUAUUUUUGGAUGAUUUUACUAACUUUCUUUGGACUUUCCCUAUUUGCAAAAAAUCUCAAGUUUACUCCUAUUUUAUGCAAUUUCGUGCCUAUGUCACUACCCAAUUUGAGAAACAAAUUAAAUGUUUUCAAUGUGACAAUGGAAAGGAGUAUGACAAUGAGUCUUUUCGUAUUUUUUGUGAGCAAAAUGGUAUGCUCUUCCGCUUCUCUUGUCCCCACAUAUCUUCCCAAAAUGGCAAGACCGAACGAAAAAUAAGAACCAUAAAUAACAUGGUCCACACCCUCCUUGCUCACUCAUCCAUGCCUCCCUCUUUUUGGCAUCAUGACCUUCAAAUGGCCACAUAUCUCCAUAACAUCCUACCCUCCAAAACUAUCAAAUCUAAAUCUCCAACUCAAGUUCUCUACCACAAAGACCCAUCAUACUCUCAUUUACGGGUUUUCGGAUGUUUAUGCUAUCCUCUCUUCCCCUCCACUUCCAUAAAUAAACUCCAAGCCCGCUCCACUCCUUGUGUGUUACUUGGCUAUCCUCCAAACCAUCGUGGCUACAAAUGUUACGACAUGUCUACUCACAAAAUUUUUGUCUCUAGGCAUGUGAUCUUUGAUGAAACACAAUUCCCAUUCUCUAAAAUUCACACUCCCUUAGCCCAUACCUAUGACUUCUUAGAUGUUGGGCCCUCUCCUCAUAUUAUCCACCACUUGAGUCAAGCCCAACCUGCCAAUCCCAUUCCCACUGUCCAUGUCCCAAACCCACCUCCCUCACCGUCAGGCUCAGCCCAGCAGCAAGUGGGCUCCCCUUCACAGCCCACUAUCACCACUCCCACCUCAAUACCUCCUGAUUACCCACGGCCUUCCAUACCAGCCCAGGACCAAAUCCGCAGCAACCCACCUCCACCAAAAAUGGCUACAAGAAGCACUCAUGGGAUCUUUAAGCCCAAACGCCAAUUCAACUUAACUGCUUUUUCCACCCCUUCUCUUCUUCCAAAAAAUCCAAUUGCUGCCCUAUCCGACAUGAAUUGGAAAAAUGCCAUGCUUGAUGAAUUUGAUGCUUUAAUUAAAAAUAAGACAUGGGAGUUGGUGCCCCGCCCGCCAAAUGUUAAUGUUAUACCUUGUAUGGGGCUAUAUCGCCACAAGAAAAAUGCUAAUGGUGAUUUUGAGAGGCACAAAGCCCGUCUUGUUGUUAAUGGCAGGAAUCAACAGGUUGAUGUGGACUGUGAUGAAACAUUUAGUCCCGUGGU